AUGGAAGAAAAGGCGCUGCAGACACACAUCACGCUGUUGUUUUAUCUAAUUGUCCUGUUCUACCUGAAGAAUUUUACGUUUAGCUUUAUGGACAUGCCGAGGAAGCUCUACAAGUACAUCAAAUUUUAUUACUUUUUUUUGAUUAUCCUUACCAUUGUUGGGUUCUUUAGUAGAUUACUUGUGUUGACGAGACUGAUUAUUAUUCAACAGGUGCAGAAAAUUUUGAAUCAUUUUUUUUUGGAGAAUAGGGCUCCUCAUUUGAGGAAUGCUAAACGGAAUGGGAGAUUGAGGAGGAUUCAGAAGAACGGUGAGCGUACUGCUUGGGGUAAUUCGCUCGUUGGGGAUAGAGGUCAGAGGGGGAGGUUUGACGGAAAGGAGGACUGCAGUGGUGGAAGGGGCAGGUUUGAAGGAAAGGAGGACUGCAGGGGCGACGUUUCGGUUAGUAGUGAUGGCAGGGCUAGCAGUGACGGUGGGGUUGGAAGCGACUGUGUAGUUAGCAGCGAUGGGGGGGUCAGCAGUGAUGGCUGGGUUGGAAGCGAUGGCAGGGCUAGCAGUGAUGGCUGGGUUGGAAGCGAUGGCUGGGUUGGAAGCGAUGGAGGGGUCAGCAGUGACGGUAGGGCUAGUAGCGAUGGCGGGGUUAGCAGCGAUGGAAUUGGCAGCGAUGGAGGAGUUGGUAGCGAUGGAGUUGGCAAUGAUGGAAGCAGAAGCAAAGGAGAACAUGGAAGCAGGCGAGGCAGCAAAGGGCUGCGCAGCUUCCUCAAGUUCAUCCGAAUCAUCCGAAGUGAGAGAACCAAAUUUGACGUGAAUGCCGCCGAACCAUGUGAAGAGUGCCCAAGUGAGGACUGCACCCUUAGCAGUGGGUCCAGCGUGUCCGAGGGAGAGUCAACCAGUGUGAGGAGCGAAGUUGGCAGUGAAGCAGGCAACCAAAUGAGUGACAGAAGACAAGCAAGUACCCACAGUUUAGAAGAGCAGGAGGACCCCUAUCUGCACAACUACCUAACGAAGCAAAAAUACCUUCGAUUGUAUACCCUACUAACGGAUGCCCUAUUCAGCCCCAAGAAUAAUCUCACCAUAACAGGUGACACAUCUGGGAUGGGUCUCCAAAGGAAGACACGCAAGUGUGCACAUUGCAAAAAUGAAAUAAACUGUCAACACGAAGAUAGACCUAGUGGAAUCGCUGGCAAUUAUUGUGCCACAUGCAUAAGACUGGAAAGGACAUUCCCCAAACCUAUAUUAAAGAACACCUCCUCUACCCCCUCGAAGGAAGACACACAAAAAAGAAAAACAACCAAAAGAAUUCGAUUCAAUGUACAAGUAGAAACGUAUUACAUAGAGAAGUAUUUGGGAGAAGACUCAGAUUCCUAUGCAAUGCGCUUCGGUGGGGAAAAGCGGAAAGGUAUGUAUAAAAUGCUUGGAGAAUACAGCGUGGCCAACUCGGAUAUCUUCACCUACUACAACAUGCGCAAUAAUUUAAAUGCCGUUUUUAGUGACCUCGUCAACCUGGUUUGCGAUUGCAAGGAUAAAAUUGUGCGCAGGUUUUAG